ACAAGGAAAAUAUGGAUAACAUUGACAGAUCAAAUGUCAAAAAUAUAUUUAGAUGAAGAACAAAAUUUGCAGUUUAAUGAUUUUUACCUGGAAGAAAUUGUAGAAAAAAUAGAUAAGGUUGAAUCUAUACCUGGCGAUUCAAACCAAACUUUAGUCAAUAAAAUAAGAUGCAAAAUAAAUGAAAGUGAUAAAAAAACAGCAUGGACAACAAUUGCUCAUAAAUGUGUAGAAAAAUAUAAUGAAACGGAACAUACAGUAACAAAGUUUUCUCCAAAAUAUCUUUUGGAAGGAGAAAAUGUAAAUAUUCUACCAACUGAACUGAAAUCAAGAUCUACAAAAGAAGAUCUAAAAAGAGAUAGAAAAUUAGCCUUACAAAAUACAAUUAAUUCUCACAAUUAUAAUAAGAAAAUUUUCGACCUACAUAGAAAAGAAUGUGUAUUGAAAGUGGGAGACAGAGUCUAUGUGGAAAACGGAAAUCGAUUAAAUAGGAAGAAAACAGAUGAGUUAAGAAUUGGACCGUAUGAAAUUCUGAAGAAGAUUUCCAAAUCAAUCUAUGAAGUUAAUACUGGACAUAGAAAAUCGGAAUCAAAUUUCUACCACAUUACCAAACUGACUCCAGUUUUGGUUGUUAAAUGAACAAUUGCAUGGAUUACCGCUUGCAAUUGUUUCUUUCUGGGGGGGAGAUGUAAAGAAAACACAACAUUCAUUUUAUAUUUUGUUACUUUUUUUUUAAUUAGAACCUUUUUGUUUA